UGGCACAUUUGGCAGUUCGAUCCUUCAUUUCUUUCGGCUGGCAGAAAAUAUUCAUAAUUUGACUGAAAAUUCUUAUUCACGACGAAUCUAUAUUAAUGGUGUACUUAUAGUGUUUUUGUACAGUGGUCUGGUAUACAUCAGUCUGCCUUGAGCAGCAAUUAAGUUACGAAAAUGGCUUCAAGAGGUGGUGUUAUGGUAACAGGUACGAACGGCGCUGACUUCGAACAUAGGGAGAAAAUAGCGGCUCAGUAUCAAAUAAGUGCGCUGAACAAAUCUCGUCUGAAGUACUGUGUGUUCUUUCACCACAUAUUGUUCUUUGUGAUGAUUGCCAAGCUCUCCGCAGACAUCCUGGACAAACUUGACAUAUUCAUACUGGAGAUUGAGGAACUACAGAUACCACAGCCCCUCUGGUGGGAGUACAUCUGGUGCCUGUCCCUUCUGCUGUCAUUUCUGGGCCUGGCUGCCAUCAAGCGCAACAACAUCCGGCAGCUGCGACGCUACACGUAUGGCAUCGGUGCGCUGGGCUUCGGGCCACUCCUGUAUUGUGUGAUAUACUACUGUGGGGACGUCUGGCGGUACCUUUCUAGGGAUGAAGAUGAAGAUGACAGCUCAGAGGUUGAGGUAGAGCUCUGGCAGGGCCUCCCUUAUGGCUUGCUGUGGUACGCGUUCGUGCUGUUGGCGUCGCAGGUGCACUUCUUCCAGCUGUACUUCUCCAUGAACCUACUGAAGGCGUGGCGCGCGCGCGGCGCGCUCAGGAAAGCCGAAUAGGGCUCGAGGUGUUAGUGUGUGUGGACCCUCCGCGACUCUGGACAGGCGACGGCUCUAGCCGCGCCAUGUGUUGCUCAAUCAGGGGGUCAGGCGGACAGUCCUACUUUACCGGGACUGCGACUCCGCUGGGAACACUCACUUAACACCGUAUUCUAGGUAAUGUCUACUGACAGACAGAUUUUUGGGGCACUUUACAAUUUUAAUGUUUAAGGGCCACUUGCACCAUCCUACUAACCCGAGGUUAAGCGGUUAAACCGUUAAUCCAGUGUCAAAUUGUACUGGUAACCAUGGUAACUCCAGGUUUAACCAGUUAGUGGAAUAAUGGUGCAAGUGGAGCUUAGUCGAAUAGUCCGAUGGACAUUGUCAGUAGUUAGUUUUUCUAAUUAUCGUACUAAAAUAAGAGUUAACUUAAUGCUUAUAGUCAUCUAAUUUGGGAGUGAUUUAGAUGGGGGUGUAAAAUAUAUUUGCUGCAUGAGACGUAAGAAGUGGUUUAAAAUCAGAUUUAAAAAAUAUGCCAGCACUUGACAACAUAGGAUUAUAACUUCUUCAUGUCUUUAUAGACUGCGGUUGUCUUAUAUAGUAUUAAAACUGAUUUGAAUUGUGAUAUGGUACUAUAAUACUUAUACUCCGCCACUGAUAGCGCUCCGAGAACAUGGGCGAUACUGAUACAAGUUUACGUCAUCAUCUGUUAAAUGCCGGCAAAUGGGGCGGUGUAUAUAUUAUCAUACUCCUCAAUACCUAUAAAACCAAUGUGACUCCGAUAAAACUGUCAUUUAUUAAAUAAUUACUAAUGUAUAAAUGCUUGACGUAUUUUAAUAGCCGGGUCCACACAGAGCGAGCAUACGCGCGAGGCAAUUUCCUCGCCCACAAAACGGCCAGUGUAGACGUGCCUCGCACGCGCCGCCUUGGCGAGGCACGUACGCUCGCUCUGUGUGGACCCGGCUAUGUACUACAUAUUGUUAUUAUAGUUUUUGCUCGAGGGAUAGGUGUCAAUGAAAUAAUUAAGUAAUAAAUUUUUUUCUUAAUUAUUUCUUUCAUACCUACUAUAAAGGAGCAACUCGAAGUGACGUAAAAUCGUGUCACAACUGGAGCGCCAGACCUGGUUUUUGCGGAUCAUAAUAUUAACUUAGACAUAACUGAUAAUUACUUCAAAAUGUAAGUUCCUCAGUCAUUCUUGAAGCCAUUUUAAAUCAAAUGUAUGCUAAUAUGCACUGUCUCUGUCAGUACACAUUCUAUAAUUCCCAGACUGAUAAACACUUUAAUUUCAUUCUCUAAUCCCCACUAUGCGCUAAAUAGUACAGCUAAGCUUUUCCUAAAAAUCGAUUUUUCCCUGUUGUGGAAAAAAAAACUACUGCCUGUGUGAAUGAGUGAGAGAAUUAUUUACGAACACUGUCAAUUUUAUUGUAAGAAUGUCGCACUUGACUUAAAAAGACGGAUCCGUGUAAAAUAUCUAUAGGUAUACCAUAAUGGUAUAAUAAUUAAUAACUGUUUGCAAUACUUCUGCGUUGUUUUGAUACUUGUUAUUUAUUCGAUACUUAUUUGCUUGAGGCGUUAGGGUUUGUAAUAACCUUUCAAUAAUGUUAAGAUUACAA